UAUUGGGUACAAUCGAUUCUCUGCCGACAAAUAAACAAUUGAAGAAUACAAAUUGAUCAAGCUAGAGAAACAUUUCUUAAAAUUAUUAAAACUUCAUAAAGCUGUAUUAUGGCGUCUGAGCGUUAUUCGUUUUCAUUAACGACAUUCAGUCCGUCUGGAAAAUUGGUACAGAUUGAAUAUGCAUUGAAUGCUGUUGCAGCUGGGGCAAGUACUGUUGGCAUUAAAGCUUCUAAUGGAAUUGUUUUCGCAACUGAGAAUAAGCAAAAAUCUCUGUUAUAUGAUGAAAACUCAGUUCAUAAAAUUGAAAACAUCACUGAUGGCAUUGGAAUGGUUUACAGUGGCAUGGGACCUGACUAUCGUUUGUUAGUUAGACAGGCACGGAAAAUGGCUCAGAACUAUUAUUUAACUUAUGGAGAGAGCAUCCCGACAUCUCAGUUGGUCCAACGUGUGGCUGGUGUUAUGCAAGAGUACACACAAUCAGGCGGUGUUCGUCCAUUUGGUGUUUCUUUAUUGAUUUGUGGAAUGGAACCAGCUCAUAAUCAUAGCGGUGAUUUCAUCCCGCUGUUGUUCCAAUGUGAUCCGUCAGGAGCUUACUUUGCUUGGAAGGCUACUGCUAUGGGAAAGAAUUCAGUAAAUGGCAAAACAUUUUUGGAGAAACGUUAUAGCGAAGACCUAGAGUUAGAUGAUGCCGUACACACUGCUAUUUUGACUUUGAAGGAAGGUUUCGAAGGACAAAUGAACGAAAACAACAUUGAAGUUGGAAUUUGUGAUCCAAACGGAUUCCGACGCUUAGAUCCAUCGACUGUUAAAGAUUAUUUGGCUAAUAUUCCAUAAAUUAUCUGUUUGAUUUCAUCUUUUAUGUACUGAGAAGCUUUUUUGUUUAUUUGGUGGAAAAUAAAAACUAAAAAUUUCUUUUCAAACCUUC